AUGAGCUCGGCGCAUCCGUUCUUGGCGGCCUUUGCGGCCCACUGCGACGCGCUCGUCGACGAAUGCAUGCGGCAGACGAGCGACGCCGACGGCCUCAAGUGCCUCGUGUGCGUACCGCAAAGCCUCUCGCUGCUAACAGCGGCGGUCUCGCUUUCGCAGCUGCAGACGCACUUUCUGCUGCCGGACGCGCAGGUCGGCCAGUACCGCAGCCUCAACGGCAAGCAGAUCGCUGUCGUUGGCGCGCACAUCCAUACCAAAGCCGGCUUUCGCGAUACCCGCGUCGUCCGCAUCCUCAUGACGGAAGAGUGGCCGCACCCCUCGCUACAGAUAAGCCUCGUGCACAUCAACCGGCCGCUCGAAGGCGGCGUCGCCGUGCCGGACGAGAUGGGCGAGAUGGACGCCAUGACCUAUCGCCGGUACAUUGCCAUCAUGCGCGCAUACCCCGAGUCCGAGUCUGUCUUUGCGUCGCUCGACUACUUUGUCCAGCAAGUGCAGCGACUGCCGCCGUCCCAUCCAGCGUUUGGUCCAGAAAGCCUUCUCCGCGUCUGGCAACAGAGCACUGCGCUGCUUUUGGAGAAUGGCACGCUCGACCUUGGCCCGCGCACGCACCAGCGCUCGCUGCAGCUGGACCAAGCGGUCGAGUCGUACUUGCUCGAGCAAGUCCAUGCGAAGAUUUUAUCACGACUGGAAGCAAGCUGUGCGUCCGACCAAGCCAAGCUCGAAGCCGUGUGGUUCGCUUUACGGUUCGCGACGCCGUCGACGUUCAAGAUCCGACGCGAAUUUCAGUGUCAACACACGGAAGCCAUCGCACUGCUCCUCGCCGCGUACACGCAGACAACGCCGCUCGGUAUGCUACUGCAGCUCAAGCGCGUGCUGCAGUCGGUUCAAGACGCGAUCCAUGCGCGGCUCAUGCGGCACAAGUGGCCGCUCGGCGAGUUUCACUUGAGCACGGACGACGUCUUGGACCAGCUCAUUUACAUUCUCGUCCGCGCCGGCAACACCUCCAGUCGUCUUCCGUUUGUCGCCAUGCUGCAGUACAUGGAGCAGUACCACUUUGUGCCGGCGACCGUCUCGGCCAUUGGGUUCACAAUGGCCAACUUUCAAGUGGCGCUCGAGUGGCUCUUGACAACGACCAUGACGACAUCCAACGAGACGGCAGAGACGGCGCUCCCAGAGCUGCCAGAGGUGCGCCACGCGAUAGCAACGGCCGAUGACGCGCCGACCGUGCUGCACGUGACGGGCCGCGUCGAUCCGAUAUGCGUCGAAGGCGCUGUGUACCACGUAGCCGUCGGCCAUCGGUGCUUUGCUACCGUUUCAGACUCUGGGGCCGUUGCGACGUGGGGCGAUGCAUAUGGUGGACGGCUCGGGUACCCGCAAGCGAUCAACCACGUCGAGCAACCGCAGUGCGUCGUCGGCGUCACCAAAGUGUUGCAGGUGGCGUGCGGCGCGUUUCAUAUGCUGAGUUGCGACAUCAAUGGCCACGUCUUUGCCUGGGGAACCAACACCGUCGGGCAGCUCGGUCUCCCGAGCUCAGCAAUGCUUAUGAGCAUCACGCCGCGUCGCGUUCAAGGCCUACAGGGCGCCUACAUCAGCGCCGUCGCGUGCGGCGACGCGCACUCGCUCGCCAUGUCGUCGCAAGGCGCGGUCUUCUCGUGGGGCUGCAAUCGUUUCUUCCAGCUCGGGCGCGAAACCACCGUCGCAAACGACGCUGCCUCGCGUCCAAGCAUCGUUGCCAGCACGUGGUCGGCCGAAAACAACGCGGAAGCAAAUGCUCUGAGCUCGAGAGUGACGCCACCAAAACUCUUGGACGAGACGGCAGAACCAGGUGCUGCGCUGCGCAUCGCGGCGGGCGCCUACCACUCGAUGGUCAUUGCACGGGAUGGCACGCUCUUUGCGUGGGGCUGCGGCAGCGACGGUCGGCUCGGGCUCGGGUCCGAAAUGGAUGUGUCGUCGCCGUUGCGCGUGGUGCUACCAGCCGACGCAAAGCCCGUCGACGUGGGCGGUGGCGCGGCGUAUACGUGCGUGCUGCUCAAGUCGGGCCAUGUCCUCGCGGCGGGCCUUGUGUGUCCCGAUGUGCCCAACGUACAGCACUGGCUCACGCCCAUGCCAGUGCCAGCGGCCGUGCGAACGAUGGCGUGUGGGGCCAACCACAUUGUGUGGACGGCGGGCGACGGUAGCGUCUGGGGAUGGGGAAGCAACGUCCAUGGGCAGUGCGAUCUACUGGGCAACGUGACCGGCGCGACGCGACUCGAUGAGCCUCGUGUUCUCGCAGCCGCAGACGAGACGGUCAUCCUGCUGCAAGUGGCCGCCGGCGCGUCGCACACGGUCGUAGUGACGCAAGCGACGACGACGACGACAGGAUGAAAUGUAGUGGCCAAUCAGUGGGGUUGAACGACGGUGACGCUGAGGUGUUGAGAUUUCAG